UCGGAGCUUGGCUCGUGGAACAUCUGCUAAUUUUCAUGGACUCCUUCCUUGAAAGUUUUUCCUCUCUAAUGGCGGUGAUGAUUUUCAUUCGCGGGACCCACGCGAGCGGUUGUCAUCUGGGUCACGUUUUGGUGGACGUAGGAGAAAAUUUAAAGCAUCACUUAUUUGUCACGCAUCAGAAGCGAGCGACAGUGAGAGGAGAGGGAGAAAGCGCUCGUCGCUGAUCUGUGGAGCUGCAAUAGGGUACUCCGCCGCCGCCGGCGCCGCCGGAAUAGUGAUGGGGGUGUGGAGAGAAGGGAAGGGGUGGUGCUUCUGUGGAGGAGAGCGAGCGGAGAGAUUGAAGGGAAGCCUCGUCUCCUGCAAGGGCCCGGCCAUGGCUUCCAUCUCCUCUGGCGCUGGCAGAGGAGAUGGAACCGGUUUCCUCAUCCACCCAAACCUCCUACUCACCACCCACGGGACUCUGUCGUCAGUCACGGCGGCGGAGGCCGUCGAGAUCCAGCUCAAAUUGGGACGCCUUCCAGCUCGCCUCGCCCCUUACAGGUUCUUUAUCAGCAGCUCAGUACUUGAUCUUACAAUAGUUGGGCUAGAUGCUGCAGAUGCCAAAACAAAUUCACAGGGACAUCAACCAUAUUACCUGAAAACCUGUGGUAAUCCUAGUCUAGAUCUAGGCAGUACCGUUUAUUUACUAAGUCACAACGAUAAAAAAGAACUGGUAGUUGGGGAGGGCAAAGUAGUGAUUGCCACUGAUAAUCUCAUAAAACUAUUAGCCGAGGGAAGAACUUGGUGCCCGGGCUCUGCUGGUUUUGAUGCUCAAGGGAACCUUGCCUUGAUGAUAUGCGACCCAAUGAGGCUUGCUUCUUCUCCAAACGUUAGAUCUUCUUCAGCUUCCUCAUCCUCAUCCUUAACAUGCAAGGGGGAUACAUCGCUGCUGUUUGGAAUCCCUAUUCCCAUCAUUUGUGAUUGGUUACAUCAGCACUGGGAGGGCAGCCUGGAUGAGCUAACUAAGCCUAAAUUACCCUUGAUCCGAUUGUUGUCCACCGGGCAGAAAAGUGAGCACUCCUGUUCUUUUAGCCAACGCCAGAUCUUCAAGCCUGAAGAGGAGCAGGAAAACAUAUCAUCUUCUGCACACAUAGCUGUAAAAUCUAUAUUUCAGCAAGGAUCAAGCAGUACUGCUAUUGUUGGUGCUAAUGGGAAAGGUAUUUCAACUCCUGAGAUAUAUGAAUCUCCGAGGAUUACUUCAGUGCCAAUUAGAAGGAAAGACAAUGCUGCAGUUCAGCUUUUAGACAUUAAUUUCCCACCAAGAGCUCCAAAAUCCAUCGCUUUGCCCCUGCCCCUCAAGCAACUACUUCCAGAACAGAGUGAGAAUAUUAGCCAUGAUUCAAAACCAGAAAAUCUAUCUGUAGAAGAUGAUUGCUGCAGUGUGGUGCAGUCGAGCUCCUCACCUUUGGAUGUUUCUGAGCUACCAAAUGAGGGUGAGGGAUUCAGCAGUGGAGGAGAGACAAUGUACUCAGCUGAGACUAUGGAGAGCAGAAACAUCCCUAGUCCCCCCAAAGAAAGCAAGUUCCAUCAUGUUGGAAGGAGCCAGAGUUGUGUGAAUUAUGGCAGAUGGGCAUCAGGUCAGAGAAGCACGACAAAAAGAAAGGGAGUGCUGCAGAAACAGCAUAGCAUGUUACCAGUGAGGAAAGCACAUUCCUAUGCUGCAGCACUUACUCAUAAGAGCCAUGAGUACUACAGCCCAACUGUCUCGUCCAGCAUGAAGAAGAGGAAUGGCUCCGAUCAGCCGCCGGUUAGAUCACAAAAGAAUGUCCUCCAGCUCUCUCCAAGAUGCUGAAAAAGAUGGACCUUGAUAUGGAGUUGAAUAUUUCCUUGAAAGAAUGCAAUUCAAAUUCCUUUUGAGCGAAUUUAAGCAGAUAUAUGAUAUUAAGGCUGAAGAUCUUCCAACCUUAGAAAGCUAGCUAACAGAGUAUAGAACCAAGCUAUCUACGAUGACGACUUCUCUUUGCGAUGUCAGGCUUUGGAGAAGACUCAAGAAGAGCUAGUAGAGUCACAAGGUGAUCCUAGUCAAAGUUCCAAGUGCUUGAAGGCUUUAAAAGCUAAAAUGUCUGCCCUUUAAGAGGAGAAAAAGAUGUUGAAGUCGAAGAAGGAGACUGAUUUUGUUGGAAUUGGAUCAAGGGCUAUCAAAGAUUUCAAAAACUCUGCUAAUUUUUAAGGCUUCAUUCAAGAUCACAUACAGGUGGCUCAUGAUUAUAUCUUUGAUGUUGAAUUAAAGGAGCAGCGAGAGAAUUGAGGAAGGAUUCAUAUGAGGCUUCUUGAAUGGGAUUUGUGCUGUGCACCAUUGAACUGGACCUGAUAUUGAGGGCCUAUCUUCUAGCUAGGCAUCUGAAGAUCCCCCUUCUUAUCUAGAAGGUAAAGAAGCCGAUUGAUUUACUUGAGCACAACACUGACGAGGAGGAUAAUGAUACUGAUACUGAUACUCAUACUGAUAGUAUUUUAUU